AUGGCCAACAGCGAGCUAGCUUAUCUUGGUGGCAUGUGCUCCGCGGGCAUGGUGAGCUACUUCUGGAUGCUACGAUGCAUCCUAGAGCUACGGCGUCUUCCUGGCAACGGUCUCCAGUGCUACGAGGAGACUUCGACCAUGCUAGUUCUCUUCUUGGUGGUGAAGGCCGUGUUGUUGGUGCUCCACACGUUGAUGCUAUUGUUCGGAUGGAAUGAUGCCAGCACCGGCUGGUACGUUGGCACUGGGGUUCUGCUUGCCGAUGCUGGUGUCAUGGCUUUGGCCCUGUACCUGCGAAAAUGGAUCGCCCGACGAAAGGCGGCACUUCAGGUGGAGGCCCAGCAGCUCCAGAAUGACAAACGCAGCACGGCCUUGGAGCAGCUGCCCAGACUACAAUAUGCGGAGCUGCAAACUAAAGCAGAAGUCUCCGAAAGGAUGCCGCCCAAUGCAGCUGCGAGUGAGAUGAUACUGCAGGAUCAGUGCAUAGUCUGCUUGAGCAACUUCGAACCCGACUGCACGGUGCUACAGCUACCUUGUGGGCACGUUUUCCAUGAGGACUGCAUCGCAGACUGGUUCUUGGAUGCGAAACAUGAUCCAUGUCCGUUUCGUUGCCAGCAGACCGCAGCUGCUGACGGCCCUGUAUUUCCGAACGAGCAGGUCUUCCCGAACCACGUUCUCGAUCUUGAUCUUGAAGCAGCUGUCGAAAGCCCCACGUCCGAGCCGCUCGCGGAUGAAGCUCUGCCAGUUCACCCAGUCCAUGAGUCACUAUGA